AUGGACCAAAGCGCGCCUCUGGCAGCAGAUGAGACGGUCUCCAAAUGGCGGCUGCAGCGAUUGCGGCGCCUUCGACGACAAACUCACCAACAGCUGUUGCAGGUGCACGGUCGGAUCCCGUACGUGCGAAAAGUGCCGUUGGCCGCCAUCUUGGUCAUCGCCCUUCUCAUCCUCGUCAACCUGGUAGUCUGGGCAAUAUGCGGGCUGAUCCUCGCGUCACAUACCCAUCUGCUGUCGACGGCCGCGCUGGCGUACACGCUGGGACUCCGUCACGCUCUUGACGCCGACCACAUCUCGGCUAUCGACCUGAUGACGCGGCGUCUGAUCGCCACAGGCCAGCGACCCGUCACGGUGGGUACGUUCUUCAGCCUCGGACACAGCACCAUCGUGGUGGUGACUUCGAUCGUGGUGGCGGCCACCGCAGCCGGCGUGUCCAGCCGCUUCGACAGCUUCGGCACCGUCGGCGGCAUCAUCGGCACCUCCGUGUCCGCGGCGUUCCUCAUCUUGCUGGGCCUCAUGAACAUGUAUAUUCUCUACAAGCUGGUCGUGCAGAUAAAGAAAGUCAUCCGUAUGCAGCCAGACCAGGAGGCUGCCGAGGCCUGGAACGUCCAGGGCGGCGGCUGUUUGUUCCGCGCCCUGAAGAAGAUGUUCAGACUCAUCGAUCGACCUUGGAAAAUGUACCCGCUUGGCGUCCUCUUCGGCCUCGGCUUCGACACCAGUUCCGAGAUCGCCCUGUUGGGCAUCAGCAGCAUCCAAGGUGCCCGAGGCACCAGUAUGUGGUUGAUUUUGGUUUUCCCCGUUUUGUUCACAGCCGGCAUGUGUCUCGUCGACACCACAGACGGUGCGCUGAUGAUGAGCCUCUACGUCGCGCCUAUGGGCAUGGGUGGCGACGACGACGACGACGCCAAGAAAGAUCAAAACCAAGAUGCAGGUCAAGCCCAGAACCAGAAUCCGAACCUCGGUCAAGACGAUGACCAGGGUCAGCAGCACCAUCACCACCACCAGCAACAAGUUGACCAGCAGAUCUAUGCAGACACUGCCGAACCAUUGAUCCUCGAGGAUAUUGAAGGCCAGACGCACUCGACCAUACCCGCAUCCACAACCACGCCGGCCGCUCGUGUCAAAGACCCCCUGACUUUUCUGUACUACUCGAUCGUGCUGACGACGCUGACGGUCAUGUGCGCCAUCAUCAUUGGUGUCAUACAGCUCCUGUCGCUGAUCCUCAAUGUGGCGUCCCCGACCGGCAAGUUCUGGGACGGCGUCGAGACUGCCGGCGAAUACUACGAAGUCAUCGGCGGCGCCAUCUGCGGCAGCUUCCUCGUUUUCGGCGGCCUCAGCGUGCUGUGCUACAAGCCGUGGAGAAGGUGGGUCGACGCCGAGAGAGAGAAGAUGAAAUCAAGUCAAGCCCGGAAUCCCCACUCCCUUUCCCUCUCCCGUUCCCGCUCGUCCCGACCUGACGGAGACAAUGGAGUGGCAGAGGUGGAGACAGAGACCGAAGAAGACGAUGACCCUCGUCGUCGUGCUGUCAUGGCCGCUCGCCAUGGAGAUGCCGAGCUUAUCGACAUUGACGUGGAGCGCACGACAACCACGCACAGAGUCGCCGGCAAGGCAUUUGAUGGCCACGAGCCUGGGAGUGUGCAUGUUGCUGCCAGUCGGUCCGACUGA